AUGUCUCUUCGACAUCUAUCUGUCAUCAUCGUGGGCGCCGGAUUCGGAGGCCUCGCCGCGGCGAUUGAACUUCGCCAACGCGGUGCAAAGGUGGUGGUGUUCGAAGCUUCAGAGAACUUUAGAAAGCAAGGUGAUGUCAUCUCGGUUGGUGCGAAUGGAACCCGGAUCAUUCACAAAUGGAAGGGCUUUUGGGAAGACUUCCUUGGUGUCUCAUCUCAAUUUGAGGUCGCCGAGAUUUACAACAAGACGGGAAAGCUGCUCCUCACACAGCACACCGAGAUGGAGUUUGAUGGUUACCCGGCCGUCUUUACGUCUCGAGGAAAACUGCAUAAAAUGAUGUUUGACUAUGCCAAAUCUCUUGGGGCUGACAUUCACCUCGGCACCAAGAUUACCAGGUACUUGGAAGACGACACAGGCGCCGGCGUCUUCGUCGCAGACAUCAAGAUAUCCGCCGACCUUGUCCUUGCAGCCGACGGGGUUCGGACUGAAGCCCGCACCGCCGUAUCUGGACAAGAGCAAAAGGCCACAAGGAGUGGCGUUGCCAUCUACAGGGCAUGGUUUCCAACGGACGUGCUCAAACAUCACCCCUUGACAGAGCCCAUUGCCAAUGCAACAUCCUCCGGUUUCAAAGUGUGGAUCGGUGACGGUACGCACUGCAUCAUCACCACCAACAUAAACUUGAAGCACGUGGCUUGCUUUGUAACCCACACGGACAAAGCUGACAUCGCCGAGAGUUGGAACUUGGAGGGGGACAAGGAGGGCAUGCUUGAGUGUAUUGAAGGGUGGGAUGAGACUCUCCGACAGGUCGUCAGGUCCAUCCCAGAGGGUAACCUCAUCGACUACAAAAUCCUCUGGAGAGACCCAGUGCGGCCGUGGGUGUCUAACAACGGCCGUAUCGCGUUGCUGGGAGACGCGGCACAUCCGCACCUCGCUACUGCUGCAACCGGCGGCGCUCAAGCUAUGGAGGACGCUGCCACGAUUGCAACGCUGCUAGAGCUUCUCGGGAAGGGACAGAUACCACUGGCCCUCAAGGCAUACGAGUCUCUCCGAUACCAACGCACCAGUCUGACUCAAAGACUCGGUUGGGAGACCCGACACAGAUGGCACUUUACCGACUGGGAGGCGGUGGCUAAGAAUCCCGACUUGCUCAAGCUCCCGCAGCCGACCUGGCUGCAAUGCCACGAUGCCGAGGCCUAUGCCAGAGAGAAUUUGGAUGCCGUUGUGUCCCAUCUUAAGCACGGGACGCCGUUCGCGUCCACUAAUGUCCCCGAGGACCACAUGCAUCAGGAUUGGACCAUUGACGACAUGGUACGGCUGGAGAAGGAAAAUGUACACAGCGGGACCUUCUACAAAGCCACCCAGUAA